AUCAUUUAUAUUUUUUCUAUGGCUGUGUUGUUUUAGCGUUUGCGUUUACAGUGAGUCUUAUUAAUUCCAGGUUAUGUUUCAUCAAACUUUUGAAUUCACGAGGAAAACAUGUCUUUUACCAACAUUAAAUACUUAAAAUGAUUCAGAUUUACAUAUUGUAAUAUAAUCGGUAUUCUUAUAAUAGUUUAUUUAAUACAAGAAGAUGAAAUUAGUUAAACCUAAUUGGGUCACACACGAUGGAUAUUCAAUAUUUUCUGUUGACAUACACCCUGAUGGGAAAAGAUUUGCUACUGGAGGCCAAGGUGGCGAUUCUGGAAGGGUUGUCAUAUGGAAUAUGGAACCUGUAGUAAAUGAAGCUGCUGAAUUGGAUCAAAAUGUACCAAAAAUAUUAUGUCAACUAGAUAAUCAUCUUGCAUGUGUAAAUUGUGUCAGAUGGAGUAAUAAUGGUUUAUUAGCUUCUGGUGGUGUAGACAAACUUAUUAUGAUAUGGAGACUCUCAGGUGGAUCUGGUGGAAGUACUAUAUUUGGAGGAAAAGCAAGUGUAGAAACUUGGCGAUGUAUAGCUACAUUACGGUCCCAUGAAGCAGAUGUUUUAGAUCUUGCAUGGGCUCCACAUAGUCCAUGGCUGGCUUCAGCUUCUGUAGAUAACAGUGUAAUUGUAUGGGAUGCAUCAAAAUUUCCUGCUAUUGUAGCUGUUCUAAAAGGUCAUACAGGCUUUGUGAAAGGCAUUACUUGGGAUCCAGUUGGAAAAUACUUAGCAUCACAAUCUGAUGACAAAACAUUGAGAGUAUGGCGCACUACAGACUGGACAGAAGAGGCUUUAAUCUCUGAGCCAUUUGAUGAGUGUGGUGGAACAACCCAUGUUUUGAGAUUAUCCUGGAGUCCAGAUGGGCAAUAUUUGGUAUCAGCACAUGCAAUGAAUGGUGGUGGACCUACAGCACAAAUAAUUGAAAGAGAUGGAUGGACGCAAGAUAAGGAUUUUGUUGGUCAUAGGAAAGCAGUUACUUGUGUUAGGUUUAAUGGAAAUAUUUUACAAAAGAAACAGUCAGGUUCUUCUAAACCGCAACAAUAUUGUUGUGUUGCUAUAGGUUCUCGUGAUCGUUCUUUAUCGGUAUGGCUAACGUCUCUUAAAAGGCCUUUAGUUGUGAUACGUGAAUUAUUUACCCAUUCUGUUUUGGAUGCAAGUUGGUCUCCUUGUGGUCUCAGACUUGCAGCUUGUUCUUGGGAUGGUUCUGUCGUAUUCAUUGAAUUUACUCAACAAGAACUUGGACAGCCCUUAGAUCCUGCUGAACAAAGUAGCCUUCAUGAGCGUUUAUAUGGAAAACCACUAGUCCAAGGAGGUUGUAUGGUCAUGGAAGCUCCUGAACUUUUGAAUUUGAAACCACCAGCACCUCCUAGCCAACAGCAAGUUCCUUCUACAAAUUCAGUUCCAGCACCUUUAAAUACUUCAACUACACCAGCUAAAGGUCCCAUUAACAAACAGAUUGAAACUAGAACAUCUGACGGUAAAAGAAGAAUUACUCCUAUGUUCAUACCACCACCACCUGAUAUAAUGGAUACAGCAAUAAAUGGUGGAACUACAGUACCAACAUUUACAAGCAAAUCGCAAACAAAAAGUUCGAUUGUAAUAGAAAAACGUAACGAUGUCGUUACACCUAAUGUUACCUCUUCGGUAAAUUCUGCUAUCAUAAAUACACCAGCUUCAUCACUUACUUUAAAACGACGAGAACAAAGCAGUCCAAAAUUACACCACUUGUCACCAAGUAAAAAACUAAAAAUUUUGUCUGAAAAAGGAGCAGGCCAAAUUGUUCUUCCUGCAUUGAAACCGUCCAAUUCAUUAUCUCAACAAGCUGGACAUCAUGCAGUUACAAUCAGUAAUAGUCAGGGUUUAGCUCAUUUACAAGUAUUUAGAGGUACAGAUUCAGAACCAACUUGGGAUCUUUAUUUGGGUUAUAAUGCCGUGGCACUUGCUGCCUCUUCAGCUGUCAUAGCUGUUGGUUUAGAAGAUGGUAGUUUACAUACUUUUCAUCCAGUCAAAGGAUCUCGAUUUGCACCUCCGUUAGCACCACCUGCACCAUUAGCAAAAAUUCAUGCUGUUGGUAAUGCGGUUAUGGUUAUAUCAACCUGCGGUGAUGUACGAGUAUGGGAAAUAGGUAAUACAUGCAGAAUGAUAGUAUCAACUUCAGCUGCUCAUUUAGCAGCACCAGGAACAUCAAUAUUGUCAUGUACACUUUAUAAUGGAAUGCCACAUUUAGCAUUUACUAAUGCAAGAGCCUAUAUUUACCACAAAGAAAUGGGAACAUGGUUGUUAAUUGGAGAUAGUCACGAUCCUGUAUGGCGGUGGUCUUCAUUUAAUGCAUUAAGUUCAUCUGGUAGUAGAACUCCUCGAGGACCAUUGUUUUCUCUACAGGAAGGUUUACUAAGAACUGCUGGAAAUGUUUUACCUAAUCCUCGAUUGGCACAUACUGCUCCUAGCAUAGUGUCUUACAUGGAACAACAGUUAUUAGCAUCUAAAGCACUCGGCAGUGCACAAGAAUAUGUUCAUUGGAUAAUGGCAUUAGUAUCAUUUUUAUUAACUCAAGAUGGGUUGGAGAAGCGUUUAAGAUUAAUUUUAGAUGAUCUUCUGGGUCCAAGUCAUACAUCAGCAUCUAAAAGUUCAUCAUGGGAUCCCAUGAUUCUAGGAAUAAAAAAGCACAAACUUUUGGGAGAUAUAUUGAAUAUUGUUGGUGGACAUCUUCGUUGGCAAAGGCUAUUUCUUGAGUAUACAGAACAGUUAAUGGCAUUAAAAAAUCAGAGUACAUAAAAGCGGCGGUCCAUUUGGAUGAUAGACCAUUAGAGUGAAACUUCGAGCGAGAUUGUUAGAGAGCAUGCAAUUGUAAUCUUCUUCUGUUGACGGUAUCAAUGAAGUUAUACCAAGUAGCAACAGCAUUAAUGCUUGUAUCGGAAGAGAAACAC